AUGGCGGUCUUAAAACCCUACAGAGGUUCUUAUUACCUCUGGAACUACAUUCCAUCCACACCCGCUGCUGCACUCUUCGCAGCACUUUUCGCACUCAGCACCUGUUACAUAAUCUGGCGAACCAUCAAGACACGGGCCUUAUUCUGCAUAGCAUUUGUAAUUGGUGGACUGCUCGAAGUCAUCGGCUACUGUGCCCGCGCUGCAGCCAAAGACAAAACCGACCAACUGAUGCCAUAUGUCAUCCAGAACAUUGUCAUCCUUGUCGCCCCAGCUCUCUUUGCAGCGUCCGUAUAUAUGGUCCUCGGCCGCCUCAUCCGAUCCCUUAAUGCCGAAAACCUCUCCGUGGUCCCUGUACGAUGGCUUACCAAAAUCUUUGUGUGUGGAGAUAUAAUCUCUUUCGUCGUCCAGGGCACUGGUGGAGGAGUAAUGGUGACUGGAGACAGCAUGAAAACCGGCGAAUCGAUCAUUCUAGGCGGCUUGUUCGUGCAAAUUGUGAUUUUCGGACUGUUUGCCGUCACUGCGGCCAUUUUCCAUACGCGACUACGCCGUCAACCAACCGAAGCGUCCCUAGCAUCCUCUACCUGGGCGAGCACCAUGGUCAUGCUCUACAUCGUGAGUGCUCUCAUCAUGGUCAGGUCCAUCUUCCGCGUCGUUGAAUACAUAAUGGGAAAUGACGGCUAUCCGCUGAAGAACGAAUGGACUUUGUAUGUCUUCGAUGCAGUGUUGAUGUUUGGCGUAAUGGUUGUGUUCGCCUGGAGGUUCCCUGGAGGCAUUGUACCUAGAAAGAACAAAGCUCGCGACCCUGAAGUAUCAGUAGAAUUAUAGAGAAGAUAGAAAGAUAGGGUCAACAUGUUUCUCCUUUGUGUUCUUUUAAUCACGCAAGCGGAGUGUGCAGCUAGAUG